AUGCAGAAUCAAGGAUUACAAGAGAUUGAUCAUAUCUUGAAUAAACUUGGAAGGUCAUUGACAAAUUUCCUUGACAUGCCACAACCUUCUUCAGAGAUAGCACGCAAUGCCUUAAAUCGGUUGAUAAGAGAUGAACUUGAUUAUGAUACACAUGAUGAAGCCAACAUAUUUGAUACCUUAGUUAGAGGGUUAAACACGAAUCAAUAUAGAGUAUAUGCUGCAAUACUUGAUGCUCAUUCUCGAGAUGUAGGUGGCCUAUUUUUUGUCUACGGUAGUGGUGGGACAGGAAAUACAUACCCGUGGAACACUCUGAUUGCGAAAUUCAGAUCCGAAAGAAAGAUCGUGCUCUCCGUGGCUUCAUCGGGAAUUGCUGCUUUAUUAUUGCUUGGGGGUAAAAUUGCACAUUCGACUUUCAAGAUUCCUUUUGAUCCUGAUCAACAUUCGGUUUGUAACUUCAAAAAAGACUCAACCCGUGCUGAUUUGAUCCGUGAAGCAUCAUUAAUUAUAUGGGAUGAGGCUCCAAUGACCCAUUGA